CAGCAGGGGUGCAUACGCCUUCAUCCCGCCGGCUGUCUUUUGUUAGAGACUUUUGCAGCCUCUUGGUAUAGUGUCGCUUUGAUCAAGGAAUUGGUUCCGCACAGCGAUUGCGAUGUAGCCAGACGGUGUGAUGAAGCUGGACUGCAGCAAGCUCUUGAUCCAAAUCUCAAUAUGGCGAUUAAACCUAUAUAAGAGGUGUGCAAGCCGAUGCAGAAGACGAAAUGACAAGCAGCAAAUCUCACUCUAUCAGUGGCAAAUUCCUCCUCUUCGUCUUAUAGACAUAGUCCUUUCCUUAGUGACCUCCUCGCACUUUUGUUCAACUUCCCAAAAUGCAUUUCAAGAACGUUGCCAGCUUGGCCAUUGCUGGAGGUGCGGUCCUGGCUGCCGCCCAUCCUGGCCACGAAGAGAAGCGUGCUGCUUCCGAGCUUCUGGAAUUCAAGGCCAACAUGCGACGCGGGCUCGAGAAGUGCGCCGCUCGAUUCGAGAGCAGCGGAUUGAACGCCCGUGCAGAGGUUCGCCGUAGGGCCCUGGUCGACUCGCACCGCAAGCGUCUCGCUGCGCGGGAUACCUCCUCGGUUCUCGCCACCAACCACAAUGAGACCGGCAAUGGCAUCACUGCCGACUCCUCCGAGAGCGAAAUCUUUGGCAGUAGCAGCAGCUGCGUUCUCAACCCCGAGGGCGAGACGGGCCCUUACUACGUUCCAGGCGAAUACGUCCGCGCGGACCUUCGCGAGAGCCAGCCUGGUGUGCCUGUGACCAUCGAGGGCCAGUUUGUCGACGUCGAGACCUGUGAGCCCAUCACCGACCUGUACUGGGACAUCUGGAACUGCAACGCCACAGGCGUCUACUCCGGCCUGGUCGCCACUGGCAACGGAAACACUGCCGACACCUCCAACCUCAACGCGACCUUCCUCCGGGGUAUCCAGAAGACCGACUCUGACGGCGUCGUCACCUUCAACACCCUCUUCCCGGGGCACUACUCCGGCCGCACCACCCACCACCACAUGGUGGCUCACCUGGAUGUGACAGUACAGGAGAACAACACGAUCACCGGGGGCACUGUCGCUCAUAUCGGACAGAUCUUCUGGGAUCAGGACCUAAUCAACGCGGUUGAGGCCACGUCCCCGUACAACGAGAACACGGUCACCCUCACCACCAACGCGGAGGACCGCGUCUUUUCCGACGAGACGGAGAACUCCACCUCGGACCCGGUGUUGAACUAUGUCUAUAUUGGCGAUGACUUGAGCGAUGGGCUUUUCGGAUGGAUCACCAUCGCCGUCAACGUCUCCGCCACCUAUGACCCCAACUACAGCUUCAUCUACACCUCCAGCGGCGGCGAAGCUGUGGAUGACAGCUCAUCCUCAACUGGAGGAAGCUCGCCUGGUGGUGGCCAGUCCAGCGGCUCUGGUGGACCAGGGGGAAGCGGCCAGUCCAGCGGUGGCCAGCCUGGUGGCUUCUGAAGCUCGCCCCUCUGGCUUAACCCUUGAUCUCGCAAGCGAGAAGAGAUGAAAACUAUCUUGUUCGUGAUUUGUUGCUGUGUGCUUUGCUUCCCUGUUCUUGUCAAACAACAAUCGCUCCAGCUUGAUUUGCUCGUUUUGAAUCUGUUGAUCUGUGCUAGUUAGUUGUUACUCUUGACGUAUCAUUCGUUCACUUUCAAUUAAAAUUGAAGUACUCCGUUCAAGUGCC